AUGUCUACUACACAUAUCUUCGACACAUACAACGACAGACACGACACCCUGACACUCAAUCGGAGAAUCUCAGGCCAGACACUACACGAGCCGAAUUUAUUCUCAGAGCAAAGACGCCCAAGCGACAUCAACGACCCCAAGGAGCUCAAAUAUCUGGCCAAGAAUCCGGAGUGGAUUGACUGUCCCUUCUGCCAUGAGCGCGCUUUGUCCAGGGUCGAGACGAAGAGUAACGUGGGCGCUGCAGUUGUGUCCACGGCAAUGAGUGCUGUCUCCGUGCUGGUUGGUGCUGGUCCUCCGUGGGGCGGCAUGCGUUGUUUUACGCAUUAUUCCUCGAGUCCGGAAUGCUAA